AUGUCUGACGACAAAGCAUACGAAACAUCAGAGUUCGAUUAUGGACUCCGAGAUGAGGACUCGGAUUCUGAAUCUUCUGUUGGAAAUCGACCGACCAUUGUUAUUAUGGGGUUGAAACGCAGUGGAAAGACUUCUAUUAGGAAGGUCGUGUUCCAGAAGAUGUCCCCCAACGAGACGUUGUUUGUGGAAAGCACAGCUCGAGUUACAAAUGAGUGUAAGUUAUAUCUUGAUAUUGAUUGUAUUUUUAGCUGUGUCUGAUUCAUUCAUAAACUUCGAAACAAUUGAAUUUCCUGGUCAAGUGGAUCCGUUUGAAGCUAGCUUUGAUCCAAAUGCUAUCUUCACAAGAUGUGGGGCGUUAUUGUUCGUUAUUGAUGCACAAGCAGAUUAUGAUGAAGCGCUAAAGAAGAUGGUACCAUCGAUUGUCAGAUCGUACCAGAUAAACAAAAACAUAAAGUUUGAAGUUUUUGUACACAAAGUUGAUGGUCUCAGUGAGGAAACGAAAAUGGAAACGCACAGAAAGAUCUUCCAAACCGUUCAGGACGACUUGGCUGAUCAAGGCAUGGAGAAGAUAAGGAUCAACUAUCACAUGACCAGUAUCUACGAUCAUUCCAUCUUCGAAGCCUUCAGCAAGGUUAUUCAGAAGCUAAUAAAGCAACUUCUGGCUCUAGAGUCGUUGCUGGACAUUUUUAACCAGGUAGGUUAACACGAUUAUUAAAUAUAUUUUGGAGUGGACUAGGUACUUCCUUUUUAGUACAAUAUUGAAAACUGUAGGAUUUAUAAAUUAAGGUUAAUGUCUGUUUUCAGGGAUCUAAUGUUGAAAAGUCUUUCUUGUUUGAUGUUGCUAGCAAAAUAUACAUUGCGACAGAUACCUCACCAGUCGAUAUGGCAACGUACGAGUUAUGUUGCGACAUGAUUGACGUAGCUACUGAUAUAUCUUCCAUUUAUGGGUAAGAAAAAUUUUGAAUGUGCGUUGUAACAGAAGCUAAUCACUGUAUUUUAGCAAUUCUAACAGAUCUGACGGCUUCGAUCCCAACUCUUCGGCCGUUAUCACUCUCAAAACGAAACAAGUUAUAUUCCUACGACAAAUCAACCUCUACUUGGCUUUAGUAUGUGUAAUCAAAGAAGAGAACUACGAGAAACAGGGACUUAUAGACCACAAUUUUGACGUUUUCAAAAGAGUAAGUUUAUUGUUCGUAACUAUGAAUGAACUAUUGACAAGAAUCUUAGUUGGUAUUAACCUCACUUUUUCAGCAAAUUGAGCAAGUUUUCAAGCUGGGCAGAUCCGAUCCAAACAUCUUGUAA